AUGACACUCUCUCCAACCUCUCAGCACCAUCAUCCACAAACAUCAGUUGAUAUCAUCAACAUUUCAACUGGUUUUGGAACAACAACUCCUCCAUCUGCCUCUCCAGCGAGUGAACAGCAACUUUCAACCUUUAUGAUUGAGGUUCGAAAUCGCUUAGCUCGUCUGGAAACCGCCCAUGUCGAAAUUGAGCGGUUAAAAACAGCCCUGGCAGAGUCUGAGGCUGCUCGUCACGCUCUCGAAGCCCAACUUGCAGCUGCUACUGGUACUACAACUAGCCUGGCUCCCAAACCAUCAUCAUCUUGCCCACCUCCUGCCACUACUACAACCACAACAGCAUCAGCAUCAACUACAUGCACCAAUGCUACCUCUGCCACCAUUUUGUCUCCAGGAAAUCAACCAUCUUUUGCUGCCGUCGUUGCAUCUAAUACAGGUGCAAAGCGUAAGAAGAAGCCUGCUGCUCGUCCUCCUCCAUCUGCCACCAAGGCAUCCGCUACUCUUGCUCGUCUUUUUGCUCCUCAAAGUGAUAUACCUGUUUAG